GGCCAAUGACCAAGGUGGAGGGCGAGACUCGGAAGGUGUGUAUAUGCUUAGGACGCGAAUUAUUGAUUGAAAUGGUUAUAGAGGCGAGUAAUCGUAAGCUCCCCUCGUUGAAUAAUCUCGGAUGUCCUGUUAUGCUCAGGGAGACUGCCGAUGUUCAUCGAGAAUCAUCACAUAGCAAGUUUUUUCGAAGGCUCGUAUCACGCCUAGGCCUUUUUAGACAAAGUUUUGCAUAGGUUUUCAUUUGAACAAGAGUCUAGGGGUGCGCAUUGGCAACUGUGUGAAUGUUGCCGCCUUCGGUCCUUCUUAUCCAAAUCAACCCUUGGAUAUGGGCGCUGCUGACGCCCGUCAAUCAAGUUUUACGAAAUCAGCCUAUACAGUUUGAAGAACAACAAAUCAAGCUUCAUGCAGUCAUAUCAACGCGACCGAGUCUUCUUUAUCCGUGUCCUCUCUCAGCGCCUGUCUUAAUCUUGGGACAUUGUAUCUUUACUGCAUAUCAAUCAGGGAUUCCCAACUGAGCCAUCUAUCUCUGGCUGUACUAACCGAUGCCCUGUCAGCGCCCCCACCAACGUCACGAUGCAGAUCGAAGAUUCUGCGCUCAUCAUUAUUGGUAACCUUAUGAUACGAAGGCCCGAUAACCGAGGCAGAGAGCGAGAAUGUGUUCAUGAAACGAC